GCAAGGGGCGUGCCGGCAUAUAAAACCCGCGGCUUGCGAUCUUGCAUCGGUCGCCACUCGUCGCCCCGAAGCCUGUUUCGCUCCCGCCUGCUCGCCCGCCCACUCGCUCGCCCGCCCGAAUCUCCAAAUCGCCGAGUCGCUCAAUCGUCGUCUGCCAGCCAUGUUCAGCCAACUCCGGGUCCUGUGGAAGAAGCUCAGCAACAAGGUCAUCCAGCCCAGGGUGGUGCGCCAGAGCUCGUCGCUGCUCGUCUACCGCCUCAACGGCCCCGAAACCCGCGACUAUGUCUGGUCGGCUGUGGUCCUGUUGAUCGGCCUGCUGUUUAUCCUGUUUUCGACGAUGCGCACCGAAAACUUUGACAUCACCCGUCACUGGUGGAAGAUUGCGCUGAAUGCCAGCGUGGCACUGUAUGUCGCCUUCGCCGUGCUCGACGAUACCUUCACCGUGACCAUUAACCAGAAGAAGAACACCAUCAAGGUCAAGAAGGCGGACCUCAUCCGCACCAAGUGGAUCAAAGGAGCGCCGCUGGACGAGCUUGUCUCCGUCGAAAAUGUGCGCGUGGAACUUCGUCGGGGAGUCUAUGGCUACAGGAUCGAGUUUGCGCUGGUGUCGGAGACCGGCACAAGCUAUCGCCUCCCGAGCUGCGACGUCUACUAUUCUGGCGACGCCAAUCUCCAUGCCCUCCGCAAGCUGGUUGCGGAGCUCACCGAGUUUGCCCGCAACAAGCCCAAUGGCACCGACAAGAAAAAGAAGAACUGAGCGAAAGCUCGAAACGAGCGGAGGAGGAGGAGGUCUCUCGUCUCUCUCCUCCCUUCUUCCAUCUCCUCUCCCCUCUCAAGCAAAGUUGAUGAUCUGUGACCCGCACCUGUCACUUGGCAUACGAAGCGGGUGGAUGGAUUCGGGUGGGCUGUGAAUUGUGGAUGGUGGCCCUAUCCUGCGUCCUCCUUCCCUUCUGCUUUGGUUUCUCGUUGUUGGACGACACCUUGUCUGUGGCUCGAUCUGCUGUUUUCAUCUGUGUCUGCCCCCAUUUGUAUCUGCAUCCCGCACACAUGCUCACGCUGCUUGGUGGCAUCGAACGCCCCUGUUUUCCGCUGUUUCCUUUUCUUCCCUCUCGUCCGCGUCGAUGAACCCGAUUCGGUUGCCCGUCUCAUCCACACAGCUCCUCUCCUUCCUCACCUUCGUUGCCACCACGCCGCUGCAAUACAUCCAUUUACGUCGCUCCGU